AUCACGUGCGGCCAUAAAAGCCUCGUUCUCGCCGACACGAAGGCACAGUUAGUUCAGAGCGUCCCACGACUUAAGCAGCAGCAGCAGCCAUGAACUUCUCCAUCACCGCCGCUCUGGUCCUCGCGCUGGCCGCUGCCCACGGCGCCGGGGCCGGGCCGCUGGUGAGGCGCGACGCGCAGGCCGAGUUGGACAAGAUCGCCAAGCUCAUUGGCGCCGUGUCGGCAGGCCUCACUGACGCCACGCAGGAAGUGGUGGAGAAGAUCAAGACCCUGGAGGUGACCAACUCUGCCCAGACUUACAUGGAGGACGGCAGGUCCCAGAUCCAGCCUCUGGUGGACAAGGUCCAGGCCGAGGCCACCAAGCUGCAGGAGCAGGUCAAGCCCUUCGUCAGCGACAUGGAGGAGCAGAUCAGGCCCGUGAUGGAAAACCUCCAGACUCAGGUGAAGCCUCUGGCCGACACCAUGGUGAAGAUCUUGCAGCAGCUGAUGGACCGGACCAAGGCUCUGCCCGCCCCCCAGUGAACGUGCCGCUCUCGUCUCUGUCUUUAAGCCAUUUUACACACACGUCGUCAUUAAAGGGGUUUGAAAACCGUCCCUUUUGAGCCGACUGUUCUUGCUUUGACUCGUGCGAGUAAAUAUUUUAUUUGCAAUCUGAGUAGAGAGAUUCAUUUGUGAAAGUUGAGAUGAAAUAUAUUACGGCACAAUCUGAUGAGAAUUACUUAUUGAAGUGGAGGCCGAUAUCAAAAUUACCUCUGACCUUUGGGUCGAUGGUGUUUUUCAUCACUUGUGGUUCAAUAUUGUGAAGUAGGCCGUCAAACAGUUUGGAGUGAAAAUAUCGGAUGGAUGAGAUCAACUCAAAUGGACGGAUGUAUUGACUUGAGGCCAAUAAUGACCCAUAACAUCAAGUAUAACCAGGAGAAAGCCUUUUCUUUUUAAAUAAAUUUUUUUUAAAGUACAUUAACAACGUUACAAUGCAUCUUUGAAUUUACUAGUCAGACACAGCCAAAGGCAACUCAAUCAAUAUCUCAGAAACACCACCAACACCCGUUUUGACAGUUACUUACUUGCCAAAAGCCCAGUUGCGAGUGGGCUGUGUUUGUUUCCACACGGGGGGGGGGACAGAAACAGACUCACCCCUGCAGACGUAGAGCCAAUUCAAUCAAAUGUGGCAAAUGAAUUGGAAAUAAGUGCCUGAGCGCAACAUGAAACAUCUGCAAUGAAUUCAUUUCCUCGCAUUUAAUGUAAUUCUUCAGUGUUCGACGUGCCAUGAAGAGUAAUACAUUUGAUGUUUUCUGAAAUAACGUUUUUUCCCGACAUGACUGUGGGACUCGUUGCCGAAGAUGAAUCGAGAUUCAGUGUGUUGGGCUCGAUAGUGAGACAUCAGGGGUCAAUUACUGCUCAUUGUUCCUGGAGGGAAACUGGACCAGGUGAUGCUCCGUGAUGCAAAUAUAUCUGAAGGGAAAUGCUCGGCAUCACAUUUUGAGAUUUGGAAAUUCCCAGACUUGGCGUGAGUUCAAGCUUC